CCUGAUCAGCCCAUUUUCUCUCUCAUUGUCUCUCAAUCUCUUCCGAUUUUUUCUCCAUUAUAUCUAUACACGAUUCUCCACCGAUUCCAUUACCUAAAUUCUUGCUGCGCAUUUCUAGGUAAGUUAUUUAGAAGUUUUUUACAAAUUUGUGUUUAUUUUGUAAAUAUAUUCUUCCAAUUUUUUGAUUUUACGCCAUUGUUAGGGUUUCUACUACAUGUUGCUUUGAUUUUUUGGUGUAAUGGCAGAGAAAAGCACUCCAUGCAGAGUUACUAGAGGUAUACACAAUUAUGUGCACCAUUAUGAUGAUGGUCCAUCUUUUGAUUUGUGUAUCACUCAAAAUGAUGAAGAAAUUGAGUGCUCGUUGCUAGAAUGGAUGCUGAGAGUAGUAUUAAGAGGCGCCAUGACCCGGUAAGUAUGGAAACAAUGGGAGAUGAAGGUUCAAAAUCUACCAAACGAAAAGAUGUCAUUGAUUCAUCGAUAUCUGAAGCAUCCCUACCAAGUAUUGAAAAGCGGAGAAAAGUUAUCGAUGGUUCUUCAGUUAGCAAGGGAAAAAAUGUUGUUGAAGAUGUUCCUUCAAAAGCAGUGGAGAGUAAGUUUUUUCUGAAAGAUCCUCCUACUCAUUCAGUGCACAUGAGUUGUUACACCAAUGUUAAAGUAUUUAAAGAUCUCAAGGACAAACUAGCGAUAAGCGGACAAAAUAUUUGGGGAAACUUGCUUUGGUGUAUUCACCCAAAUGCAACACUGUGAUGUUCAAGCACAAAUGUUGAGGUGUUGCAUGGUGAGAGAACUUAUUGGAAGUACUCCUGAUGCUUUUUUGAUUGAUAUAAAUGGUAAUGAAUUGCGGUUUUCUAUUAGAGAAUUUGCAAUAAUAAGCUGGUUUGAAGUGUGUUGGUGAUGAAGAUGCUUUUUAAAGUUAACCGCAAGGGUAAAAACGAGGAUUUUGGAGACAUAUUUUGGUGGUUCUAAGAAAAUGCCCUCAAAGGCGAUUUGAUUGAAUGCUUCACAGAUAAAAAUUGGGGCCUCAAUGAUGCUGAUGCCGUUAAGAUUGUUGUCCUCUAUUUCAUUCAUACCUAUAUCUUGUCCAAUGAGAAGAAUGCAGUAAAAAUACCAAGGCUACACUUUGAUUUGGUAGAGUCUGGAAGAUAUGUGGAUUACCCAUGGGGUAAGAAAGCAUUCAAUGAGUUGAUUAAAAGUAUGACUCACAAGAUGACUUCUGAGAAAAAGUUUUAUAGGCUCCAUGGAAUGCCACUUGCUAUGCAAGUUUGGCUUUAUGAGUGUUGUUCAUUUGUUGACGCCACUCUUGCAGUCAAGACGGGCAACAACAUUCCCAGAAUGCUGAAUUGGACGACCAUUGAAAGUCAACCAAGCUUUAAGGAACUGAUGGAUGGCAUGUUUAAAGAAGCUAACACCCCGGUAAAAUGCUGUACUCAACAUUGUUAUAUAAGUUCCCUUCAUGUAUUUAAAUUUUUACUGUUUCUUUAUUUUAUAUUUUGAUAAAUGCAUUAUAUUUUCUUGUUAUAAUCAUAAAUAUGGAACUACUGUUUUUGAUAUUUA